CCAGGGCACGCACCUCCUCCUUCGGGGGUCGGCGGUGCGGGGCCGUGCGGGGCAGUGAUGAUAAGAUAUUUUCAAAGCUAUGGCCUUUGAAAGGAUUACACAGAAGGACUUGUACAAAAUCCUGGGUGCAGAACCAUCAGACAGUCCAGCAGAACUGAAACGGAAGUACCAAAAACUUGCUUUAUUAUAUCAUCCAGACAAACAGCAGGCAGAUGUGCCAGCAGGAGAAGUGGAGGAGCGCGUGCAGAGGUUCAUCGAAAUUGAUCAAGCGUGGAAAAUUCUGGGGAACGAAGAGACAAAAAAAGAGUAUGACCUGCAGCAGCAUGAAGAUAAUCUGACAAACGAAUGGCCUCUACAUGCACAAGUUUAUCUUGAGGAUAUGUCCUGGAAUGAAGAUGAACAAUGUUACACUCUCUCAUGUCGAUGUGGUGGAAAUUACACUGUCUUCAAGAGUGAAACCAAAGACGUUUCUUUGGUUUGUUGUGACACAUGUUCACUUGUUAUUGAGAUCCUUCAAUGAUUGUUUCAAUCAAGCACAUUAAGAGUUACAAAGUGUUAAAAAGAUUGGACAAACAGGACAGCAUCUGCUGAAGAAAUGAAUCUUGAAGAAAAGAGAGGCACUACAAGAAUUUCAGCCAGGGCUAAGAAAGGAAAGUGCCUGUUUGCAAGCAGCUCAGCACACAUGAGGCUUGGUUUUUUUUAUCCUUCUGCAGAUAAAGAGCUACUUAUUAAAAACCUUCAAAACGGAACACUAAGUUCUGUACAACUGGAAUAUAUCUCCUGAUCUAAAUGACAUUUCUUUCCCAGCAAACAUCAGAGUAGCUUCUUUCAGUCUGUAUCAACUCUACCUUGGGCCCUACCUCUUAGGUUAAAUCCUUUUAACAGCUCAAAUGACAGAAUUUAAUCAAGAGGCAUACAUGUGAGAAUGCUUUGAAGAUACUGAAGGUGUGUUAUUGGGAAACAGGAACAUUUUCUAUUUCUAUGCUCGAUAUUUAACUUCAUUAAAAAGCCACAUGGGGACUUGAGCCUUGUAAAGAGGAGGCAGAGGCAGGUGGAUCCAACAGGCUGGUUGUCUCUGUGCUAAGCAGCAGCUCUGGUGCCUCUGCCUGAAACAGUGGAGCUACAGGAAAUGUUCAGCUUAAAACAGGAGCACUUUUUGAAUUCAUUCUCCCCAUACUAUCUCAACAAAUGCAGUCUUCAUUCCUUAGAUAAGAACUACCCAGGAAGCUGUGCUCUGACCCCUCCUGGGUCCACUGGGCCAAACCAGAGCCAGUUUAAGGAAAGCCCAACAAAACACAGGGAAGUGAUCAGCAGAUCCAGAACCCCACUGUUGCUGUUUUCAGUUCCAAUCCUAGCAUCCCACACUACUUGCUAAUGUAGGCAUUGCCUACGUGUGGCUUUGGGUGUGUGACAAUAUAACAGUGCAUUGUGCCUUUUUCAGUCUUCAUCCCUUGUUAACAGUCCCUGCUACCCAAAAAAUCCCCAGAACUUUCUAAUAAAUCCAGACUCCCUAGGAAUCGCCAGAAGAAACAGAGUAAGAGGCAGAUAUUGUUGAUGACAGCAAGAUAUCAUUCCCACUUUCAACUUAGAUGUAGUCUCAGAGACAUCUUUGUCAAGUAUUACUUGUGUUUAUUCUAAACAAAAAUAGUUCCAUCGAUUUUAGUAGAAAACACUAUGAAAGCUGGCAACAGUCACUUAAAUUUUUUAAUCAAGAAAUCUGUGGCCAUUGGGGCUUGCACGUAGAAAUCCAAAGUCAUUCAGAGGCCAUAUCUGUAACAUAAAAUACAGUUAUAAAAGAUUUUUACUGUGACUCAAAGCUAAGCAUUCUUCUUUGUUAUUGUUGUACUAAUUUCAGAAAGUAAUUUCAUAGCUCUUUGGUAGACAGGGCUAUAUGGAUGUUCCUUGCUUGUGUGUUUCUUUUACUAGAAUAAUAAAUGCUGUAUUUUCAGAAGGAAACUGGAGACUGGUUGGCUGGAGACAACAUUAAUUUAUACACAGUAUGCUUUGCUAUGGAGAGUCUCAUGAAUUACAUCAUUUUUUCAGUCUUGGAAAUAAAUAAAUUCCUAGAAAAUA